UUGUAAGCAUAUAGGGUCCUUCACCUUAGAUUAUCAGCCAACGUUACACUAGGCUGUAGGGAAGGCGAGUAUAUGGAGCAACCGGAGAAGAUUACAUUUGUGAUCGGGAAAGUACCUGAACCUGUGAUAAUCAUUAAUUAGUACAACGAAAGCGUUUCGAAGAAAGAUCUAUAGUAAAUUACAGAUCUUUACAGUGUGAGAAUCAGUUUAUGCAUGAUUCCGCUCAGCUUCGGAAUGCCAUCCGAAUAAUUAAGGAUACAAAUAUUUUGUGAGGUAAUUGGAAUGUUUAAAUAGCACAGCAGUGAAGAUAUUCCUAAGAACGUUGUUGAUGGGAGUGACUCCAGUGAGGGGUAUAUCUUCAGUCUGUUACUGGCCUCACAAUGUGGAGGACUUGCCUGCAGGUGGUGCUUGUGUUGACGUGUGUUGGUGUGGGGGGCGCCGAACAUCUCCAGGAUGUGCCUGAAAACUUACAGGAACGCCUCGAUGCUUUAGAGGACUUAGUAGCCUCUCAAACCCAGACACAGCGUAUUCUUCAAGACUCCCUCAAGAAAGAGACCAGCAGAAGGCUGGCACUUGAGACACUUCUCCUCGGGACACUGGAGGAGGAGAAAGUGAAGGUGGAACGCUUAGAAUCGAAUUUCAAAUUGGACCACGAGAGGCUAUUGGCCCUCGAAGCAACUUUCGACCUGCAGGGAAGCACAGAAUUACCUCACAAUGUGAUCUUCCUGGAGCUGUUGAAGAGGGUGAGAGCAGUGGAGGGAGACCUUGAUGUGAUCACUCUACUGGACUCAAGAAUGAGGUCACUGGAGGAGCAAGUAAAAACCCAAAGCGAGGACACCGCCCUCCUGCAGGAUCUUCACCAUCAAAUACGGCGAGGAGUUGAAAAUCUCAAGCGGGAAGUGCGUCGCCAGCGAGACACUGUCAGGAACCUUGCUGCCACCCACACUCACAUGACCCAGACCACUAUAGGACUUGAGGCACAUCUUGACAACCUUACCUCUUGGUGCCUCGCUCUCAACGAGAGUGCAUUUGAAGGAAAUGCACAGCUGCUUGAGAUGAAGAAGAAUAGUGAGAAGCUAAAUUGGUCUCUCAGUGACGUACAGGUUAUCCUGAAAAACUUGACAGAGGCCAUUGUAACUCUACAGCACCACAAGGAGGAUGCCCCACUCAUGUUGUGUCCUUUACCGUACCGCAAGGUGGGAAGGGACUGUUUCUACCUGCUGGAGGAACGAAUGUCAUGGCAGAUGGCUAGGGAGGCAUGCAAAGAUCACGGUGCAGCAGUGGGUGGCUUGGGAGACCUGGCAGAACCCUCAGAGAUGUCAGCCUUCAGGAGUUAUGUCUAUGAUUUGCAGACAGAUUCUGAGUACCUUUGGGUGGGAGCCAUGCGUGAGAUUGAUGAUGGAUGGAAAUGGGUGUCUGGCAGGAAUAUGGAGGUGAUGUCAGUGCCUUGGGACCUCAGUGAGCCAGACAACACCUCAGACCAGCACCAUCUGUGUGUGUAUUCUCUUGGAAGCAUCAAGUUUCAUGACUGUACACACAAAGCUAUGCUCAGUGCCAUUUGUCAAGUGUCAUGAAAGGAUCUGUGACCUGAUAUGACUUGAACUGGUCACCCCCUCACAAAGAUGGACAGCCACAUACGAUUAUUUUUAAUUGAUUUUCAUAGCCAAAUAUUUUCCCAGCCUCACUUGCUUCUUAGCUAUUCAUGUAUCAGGUGAUGGCUGCAUUUGAGGGCGACAUACUGAGUGCCUCGUGGUUCCGAGGCACUCAGAAUAAAUAUUCUACAUUACUUUUUUUGUUUUUGUUUUAAAUAGGAAAUCUUUAUAUAGUCAGUAGUUUAUUUGCUACUUUGAUUUUACUAACACCAUUAUCAGAAAUUAAAAGAAAUUACUAACACCAUUAUCAGAAAUUAUCAAUAUAAUUACAGUAUCUGAUUAGAAAUGUUUAAAAAUAAAUUUUUAUAAACAUGCAGAAAAAUAGAAAGAGUUAAGACAACUUACAUUAGACCUUACUGUACCGUACUUGUACAUGAGGCCAUGAGUAGUGUUUGAAAAUAAAAUAUAAAUAACAAGAAGUCAGUGGUGGCUCAGUGGUAACACACUGCACCAAUAUCCUUGUGAUCUUAGAACUUACUGCCAUUUUUCAGAUGACAAAGAUCAUCGGAUCAAGACCAAUUGAAUGAAUUGAGUAAUAUAAAGAUGAUUUUGUAUAAUAUGAAAUUAAACAAUUUUAAUCAAACUUGGAA